AUGGGUUUCACCGACUUUUUCUCCGAUGUGAUGUCCUCCUGGGGCUUCCCCGAGGCCCAGGCUGAGGCUCCCGCCGAAACCACCGAGGAGUCCAGCGCCCCCGAGGCUGAGUCCGAUGUGAAGACCGACGAAACCCCCAGCGAGGAAUCCGCCGAUACUGAGGACACCCCUGAGGAGAGCUCCGAGGAGAGCUCCGAGGAGAAGGGUGAAGAUGCCGAGGAAGAGGGAGAGGGAGAAGAAGAGGGAGAGGAAGAAGAGGAGGAAGAGGAGGAGGAAGAAGAAGAGGAGGAGCCCGAGGAUGUCAAGCCUAAGUUGGAGGAGGAAUGUGCCAACUCCGCUCAGUGUGCCCCCUACAAGCACCACUACGACGAGUGCGUCGAGCGCGUAACCUCGCAGCAGGAGGACGAGGACUACAAGGGUCCUAAGGAGGACUGUGUCGAAGAAUUCUUCCACCUCGUCCACUGUGCCAACGCCUGCGCUGCUCCCAAGCUCUGGAAGGCCCUCAAAUAA